UAUGCAAAGGUGUCAGAAUUGCACAGUGAGGUGUACAAUGGACCAUCAGCUGCUAUGGCAAACCCCUUGGUGGCGUUUACUCUUAUCAAGCGCUUGCAGUCCGAGUGGAUUCACCUGAUCUACAGUGAUGAAGCACAAGAGAACACCCAAGCCUUCAGGUCCGGUUACGAGGAGGUAGAGGAGGAGGGUAGCUUGCCAAAACUGGAGGACCUUCAGGGGGCGGCCAAUGGGUUGAUGAGACUGCAGGAUGUUUAUGCCCUUCAAGUGGGGGGACUUGUGAGAGGUCACUUCCAGAGGAUCACUAACGGCAACCCCAUUGACAUCUACAGUCCCACAAUAUCUGUUCCUCUUUCUGGGGAUGACUGCUUCCUGGUUGGGAAGGUUGCCUAUGAGCUGGAGGACUACUACCACUCAGUGCAGUGGCUGGAGGAGUCAGUGCGUCUGUUCCGAGGGGCGGGGGGGGGAUGGAGUCCAGAGAAUGAGGGAACUCUGGAAGAUGCUCUGGAUCACUUGGCCUUCUCUCACUUCAAGACAGGAAACAUCUCCUAUGCACUGAGUCUCUCUCAGGAGUUGUUGAACCAUGAUCCCAUGAACAGGAGAGUUUUGAAGAAUGUAGAGAAGUAUGAGCGACUACUUGUUGACAAUCCACCAUUACUGAGUGCUGACACUGGGUUGAAGAGGCCUAACACCACCUAUCUACGGACAAGGAACACCUACGAGAGACUGUGUCGGACACAGGGCACUCCGCCAAUGUGUUAUGAAAACACCCGGCUGUUCUGUGACUAUUUCAACAAUGACAGUCCUGGGCUACUACUGCAGCCAAUCAGACGUGAGGUGCUGAGCCUGCAGCCAUAUGUGGUCCUCUACCACAGCUUCAUCACUGGCUCAGAGGCAGAGCGCAUCAAGGACCUCGCCCAGACAGGGUUAAGGAGAUCUGUGGUGGCAUCUGGAGAGGAACAGGCUACUGCAGAGUAUCGCAUCAGCAAGAGUGCAUGGCUAAAGGACACAGCCCACCCUAUCAUUGGGAGGCUGGACCAGAGAAUCACCUUGCUCACAAGUCUCAAUGUGCAGCCUCCGUAUGCAGAGUACCUCCAAGUGGUGAACUAUGGGAUUGGAGGACACUAUGAACCUCAUUUUGACCAUGCAACUUCAGCAUCAAGCCCCCUUUUUAGGCUCAACACUGGGAAUCGAGUGGCAACCUUCAUGAUAUACCUCAGCUCUGUGGACGCAGGUGGGUCCACAGCCUUCAUCCACGCUAACUUUAGCGUUCCUGUUGUGGAGAAUGCUGCCCUAUUCUGGUGGAACCUCCAUAGGAACGGCCAAGGAGAUGGGGACACUCUGCAUGCUGGCUGCCCUGUGCUUGUUGGGGACAAAUGGGUGGCUAACAAAUGGAUCCAUGAGUACGGCCAGGAGUUCCAGAGACGCUGCAGCCCCAAUCCUGAGGAGUGAGAAGAGAGAAAGCAGCUGCUGGGACCACUUGGAGUACAAGAACCAGCCUCCACAAUGGAGCUGUGCGCACCACGCAGGCAGAGAGGGAGGGAACGAGAGAGGAGCAAGAGAAGGCAUGCGAGAGCGCUUGAGGCUGGGGGAGAGGAAGGCAGCCAAAGAGCAGCCUGCAUCUGUGAUUGGCGCUUCAGGCACAAGGGAACGAGCUGGAA